GACAAGUGUCUGUAAAUUGUUGUAUAAAACGACCAUAUAAAUAUAAUCUGUUUUAUUAUCAACUCCGUUGAAUCUGGACAUUAUCUGAUAACUCAAUAACUACUAAAUAUAAUUGUUGUAGUUCUUACAUGGACUGUGUUUAACUCUAUUGUACGGUAAAGAUGGCAGACGCAGGCAUUGAUACACAUUGCUGUAGUAUCUGUUUAGAUGAUUUCACUAAACCUAAAAUACUGCCAUGUUUUCACACGUUUUGUCAACAAUGUAUAGACGACUAUAUCAAAGCUCAUUCACAUCUCAACAAGUUUAAUUGUCCUAAUUGUAGAACAGAGAUUCAAGUACCCGAUGGAGGUGCAAGUGGGUUUUCUACAAACUUUUACAUCCAAGCAAAAGGUGAAACACAAAAUCAUUUCUGUCGGAAGCACAAGACAAAAGAAGUAGAAUUUUAUUGUCGUGAUUGUUCUGUUGCUGUUUGUUGUAAAUGUGUUAUAUUGGAUCAUACAACUCACUCAAAAACAGAUCUUACUGAUGUAGACCAAGAACUGAGAGGAAAGUUAAACAUUAUAAAGCGGGAGUUAGAAGGAAAGAUUGAUGAAGUCAACAAACACUGUGAAUCUUUAACCAGUCAAAUAUCUGAUAUCAAGAACCAAGCUAAAAUAGCCUGUGACAAUGUUGAUAAAGAAGUUCAAAGAGUUUGUGAAGGGGUCAAAAAACAUGGUAGUGAUAUAAAAUGUAAAAUGAAUAAAAUUUGUGACAAAGAAAGUAACAAGUUACAGACAUUACAUGGAGAUAUGAUCCAAUUCAAAAGUUCGCUACAGCCCAGUGUUAAAUAUAUAAAUGACGUCCUGAAUGGUAAAUCUACUGUUCCAGUUGUAGAUGCUUUAACCAAUAGACAAAAACUGACAGAAGAUAGCAGAUCAACCACUUCAGAUAUACCCACAGUAAGAUAUGUCCAUUAUACUAUGGUAGAUAUAGAUGUUACAACUUUACGUGAAUUACUAGGUAAAGUAGAAACAAUGGAGUCACGUACCUGGACGUCUAGUUUUAGUUUGAAUCAGAUAGUGAAAACAGACGUGGGUUUCCCUGCUGCUGAUGUAAUAAUACAAGGAAUGCCAUGGUAUGUAUUUGUUAUACAUAAAACAAAUACAUCGGGAUUAGGAUGUUACCUGGUGUUGAGGAGAUCAGAAACAGUUAAAUUUGUUAAAGCUAGCUUUACACUAAAACUAUUAAAUAUAAACGAUGUUAGUAAAUCUAUAGUAAAACAAUUUACAUAUACAUUUACACCUGAUGGUGGUGGAUGGGGUAAUAAUAAGUUUAUAGAGUGGACUAAACUACAGGAUGUAAAUGAUGGCUAUAUUAACAAGAAUAAGACAUUUAGUGUACAGACUUCUGUAAAAAUAAACAAAAUAGAACACCACUAACAUUUAUAUUACAGAACAUAGUACGAUAGAUCGAUGUCAUCAUAAUACAUAGAAAUAUCUUUACUCUAAAAUAUGUUAGUUCAGUCACUUGGUUACUUGCAUGUCAAAUAGAUUUUAAUGUUUAACUUCAACUGGUUCCCGGAUCCAUUCACUGUAUUUGAUAUUUGUUGUUUAUUUCUUGCAAGGUCGAUGUAGUUUAUCUUGUCCAUUUUGUUUUGCAUGUGGUGCGGUCCUCCUGCACUUACUAACAGAAUAAGUUAUGCGUCAAAGGAUGCGUUUGUAAUGGCUGUGUGUUUAAAGGACGUGUGUGUAGUGGUUCUGUGUCCAAAGGUCAUGUGUACAAUCGUUGUGUGCCCAAAAGUUGUGUGUGCAAAGCAGACCAAACAAACAAACCAGCGCCACCUAUAAGUGUUAGUUAAAAUUUAGUGAUGGGCCUCUUUUUUUACCUGACUGGAUCCAAGCUUGAACUGUUAAUCAAAUGAGAAUGAAGGAUUUUACCUAUUUUAUUCUGAAGAUCUGUGAGAACACCUGUAGCAGCACCAGCGAAUUCUGGUGUAAUAUACAACAAUCUAAACUGACCUCUGAAAACAUAACGUGUAAUAUACAACAACCUGAACUGACCCCUGAAAAACAUAACGUUAAUAUCAGGCUAACCUGACAUAUGGAAGUGGUUUUCCAGUGCGUUUUCUCUUUGUCAGUGGUGCAAUACGGAGGGCUGACAAGGGAACGGUGUUGAGUCAUUCAGAUUGGACGAAAAAAUAUUUUUUUUAUAAACAAUAUUUUUAUUUUGGAUGUCUGAAUGGGAUUGGGGAACAGGCUUAGCCUAUGUAAAACCCAUCACAUGUUAACAGGUUAGCGUGCAUGUUAAAGAACCCUUGGCAGUUAGAAUUUGAAAAAAAAUUAAGACAUAAAAGUGUAAGAGUGACAAUCUUGACUCAAAUAUCUUACAGUACAAUAUUUAUUACCGGGGAAAUGUUUUAGUUCAGCAGUGUUGUAUCAAGUCUUAAUCUUUUUAUGCAAAAGGUAAAAGUUGAUGGAGUUUUUGCUUCGUUAAUAAAAAUUAUAUAUUAAAUUGUGGUGUAUAUUUAUCUGGGGAAAGUAUUAUUGUCAAAAUGAAUAUAUAUUUUAUUUUAUAUAAAAGCCAUAUUUUAUUUCAUUUGAAGUUGGGUUGAGGAACAGGCUCGACCAAUGUUGAUACCUCUAUUAUUAUAUUACACAGAAAAUAUUUCCAGCUGUGUUCCCAAGAUCCCAACCUUGGCAAAACCACCAUAUAUUGAUUGCUUGGUAUUAAAACCAGCGGCUGCCAGGCAGGAUACGCCCGCAUUUUGCAAGAGAUGGAUAGAGAACAUGCUAAAAACAAAUGCGAUUUUUUUGACAAUCAGGGGCAAUGUAAAAAUGUUGAAAAUUUUAAGAUUAAACUGAAAACUCAUUUAUUUUGCACACGGAAGGAACCAUAAAAUUCAACUGAUGACAUAUUUAUUAUUUUUAACUUGCAACUGCAUUCUAUCUUAUUUUGUGUGUAAUUAUAGUGUUCUUCCUAUAUUCUACAAGUAUAAUGUAUAUGUUUUGUAGUUUGGGAGUUUGGGAGUGACUUUCCAAACUUCCCACUUUAAAAUGCUAUUGCAUUUCAAAUGAUUUUGAAUUUAUCCUGAUAUUACAUGUAUAUAUAUAUCUUUGUAGCUUAGGAGGGACCUAUGGAAGAUUAGUUUUUUUGUUGGGUUUUUUUUUUGCAAACUAAAUACG